GCCAUUUUGAGCCGCCGCCGCCGCCAUUGGAGUGGGGGGCCCCCCCCUUUCCCCCUUCGCCUCCUGACAGGAAAGGUUUAAGGGGGACUGAGCCCUGGGAGGCCGGGCCGGGCUCGGGGGCCACCCCGGGGGCCCGGGCCAUGGAUGUACGCCGUCUGAAGGUGAACGAACUUCGCGAGGAGCUGCAGCGCCGCGGCCUGGACACUCGCGGCCUCAAGGCCGAGCUUGCUGAGCGGCUGCAGGCGGCGCUGGAGGCCGAGGAGCCCGACGACGAGCGGGAGCUCGAGGCCGACGACGAACCGGGGCGACCCGGGCACAACAACGAGGAGGUCGAGACCGAGGGGGGCUCCGAGCUGGAGGGGACCGCGCAGCCACCCACGCCCGGGCUGCAGCCGCACCCGGAGCCCGGCGGCUACUCGGGGCCGGACGGACAUUAUGUCAUGGACAAUAUUACCAUGCAGAACCAAUUCUAUGAGACGCAGGUCAUCAAGAAAGAGAACGAGUCAGGCUACGAGAGGAGAACGCUGGAAAUGGACCAGCAGCAGCAGGCCUAUCGCCCAGUAGAAGUGAAGACAGAGAUGAAGCAAGAAGCACCCACCAGCUUCCUCCCACCCGAAGCAUCUCAACUCAAACCAGACAGACAGCAGUUCCAGAGUCGCAAGAGGCCUUAUGAAGAAAACCGGGGACGGGGGUAUUUCGAGCACCGAGAGGACAGGAGGGGCCGCUCUCCUCAGCCUCCCGCUGAAGAGGAUGAAGAUGACUUUGAUGACACCCUUGUUGCCAUCGACACAUAUAACUGCGACCUCCACUUCAAGGUGGCCCGAGACCGGAGUAGUGGCUACCCACUCACAAUUGAAGGUUUUGCAUACCUGUGGUCAGGAGCCCGUGCCAGCUAUGGGGUCAGAAGGGGCCGUGUGUGCUUUGAGAUGAAGAUCAAUGAGGAAAUCUCUGUGAAGCACCUUCCAUCUACAGAGCCCGACCCACACGUUGUCCGUAUUGGUUGGUCCCUGGACUCCUGCAGCACUCAGCUAGGCGAAGAGCCUUUCUCCUAUGGCUAUGGAGGCACUGGGAAGAAGUCCACCAAUAGCCGGUUUGAAAACUACGGAGACAAGUUUGCAGAGAAUGAUGUGAUUGGCUGCUUUGCGGACUUUGAAUGUGGAAAUGACGUGGAACUUUCCUUCACCAAAAAUGGGAAGUGGAUGGGCAUUGCCUUCCGAAUCCAGAAGGAAGCCUUAGGGGGUCAGGCCCUCUACCCUCAUGUCCUGGUGAAGAAUUGUGCAGUGGAGUUCAACUUCGGGCAGAGGGCAGAGCCCUACUGUUCUGUCCUGCCAGGCUUCACCUUCAUCCAGCACCUUCCCCUGAGUGAGCGAAUCCGGGGCACUGUCGGACCAAAGAGCAAGGCAGAGUGUGAGGUGAGUGGGCCUGGAAGCCUGAAUUGGUGGCCGCCUCUCCAGAGCCACAUUGCUGCCAAGACAGAGGGGAGACAUUCAGUAGCUGAGUGUGGUGAAAGCUGCUGUGAGAGUGAGGUGAGGGCUGUGAGUGUGUGGCUUAGUCCAAAGAGGGAGGGGCCAAGGUAAGACACCUAAAUGUCAGAAAGAUUCCGAAAGGAAGUUGCCACACUGCUCCUCGGGUGUGGUCAGAAUCUUGGAAAAGGAGGCUUUCCUCCCAGCGGAAGAGGGUGUGAAGGCACUUCCUGGUGAGCGAGUUCUUGGAGGAGGUUGUGCAGCUCCACGCUCCCAUCCAGGACUCUCCGAGAACAAAAAUGGCAA